CAUCUACCCCUCACAGUGCUUCUGUCAACACACUUUGCUUUCUUUGACACUAGUCUCUCACCUUAGCUGAACUUACUACAGAUUCUGUCUGACAUCUUUACCAAGAUUUUGUCCAGCACACGUGUCAUCUUGAUCAAAGAAGAACCAACCAUGUCUGGCAUCAUCAAAGUGUUUCUGCUCCUGGCUGCCAUGGUCUGCAUCUCUAAAGCCCAGCUCAAUGAAUCUGGACAGCAGUGUCUGUGUCAGCGUGUCAGAAAGGGCAUUGCCGGUCCUGAUAUAAAGGACAUCCAGAUCUACAGGGCAACCAUCUUCUGCAACAAAGUGGAGAUUGUUGUCACCGCCGGCAGCGGCUUUCGUUAUUGCCUGGACCCCAAGGUGAACGCAGUGAAAAGACUGCUGGUUAACAUCCUAAAGAACAAGAAAAGCUCUACCACUUCCAGCCCGGGCAGCACUAACACAGCUCGCGCCUGACUCUCUCUUUAACUCCUUAGAUGAACAAGAAGCUCAAAUGACCUCUGACCGCCACCUCAUCUGAUAAAGUCACCUUCAAUGAAUGUAGAUGUGAAAUGAAUGAAAAUUUUGUCUAUUUAUCUUCUAUUUAUACUGUUGUGCACUUACAACACAUUUCCGUUCUCUCUUAUUUCCUUCCGUUCUCUUGUUUUAGUAUAGAUUUAUGUGCUGUAAACCAAGUUUUUCUGCAUUUUAGUAACUUCAGUUUUUUAAACAAUAAAAAGGUCAAUGGA